AUGGAGGAUGUAGAGGGGAUGCUUAGGGGGCUGAAGCUGUCGGCGGCAGAGAAGAAGGGGCUGAAUCUGGAGGAGGUGGUAAUGGGGAAGAAGGUCGAUUGGACUGAAGAGGAUCCGCAGGCGGUGGGCAAACUGUUCUCGGAGCGACCAACACAUGCAUACGCAGUAGGGCAUGCGUUAGGGAAGAUUUGGUGCCCGAUCAAAGGAGUGGGCUGCAUAGAUCUUGGUGAUAAUGCCUUCCUAUUCACCUUUCGUCAGCCGGCGGGGAGGAGAAGGGCACUGGAGGAUGGGCCAUGGUGGUUUGAUAAGGAACUGCUAGUUAUGGAGGAAUUUGAUCCGGACAAAACUGUGGAGGAGUAUGAGUUUAACCUAAUACCAAUAUGGAUUCGGGUGUUUGGCUUGCCUAUUGGAUCGAUGAAUAGAGGAACAGGAGAAUUGAUUGGCAAGGAGUUUCACGACCUCCUGGAUGUUGAUGUUGGAUACGAUGGGAAGGCGGUGGGAAAGUUCUUGCGGAUUAAGGUGAAACUGGACAUUAAGGUUCCACUGAUGAGGGGUUUCCUGUUGGAUAGAGAGAAGGGGAAGGAGCAGUGUACCAUGCAGGAGGGAGGGGAGGACAAGAACAAAAAGAAGAAGAAGUUACUCUGGUGUAGAUUUGAAUAUGAGCAUCUGCCGGAUUUCUGUUAUACCUGCGGAAUGGUUGGACAUGGUGAGGAUGAAUGCAACAAGAAGCCAGUUAAAGGAGAAGCGCCCCAGUUCGGGCCAUGGAUGAGGGAUCUCUUUACUUCUCAGGGCGGAACCCACACUGCGGAGUUGAUUGGGAAAGUGAAACCCAAAUUGACCGAGGCUAUGCAUAAUGUGCUUGAUGCCGAGUUUACCAGGGAGGAGGUUAAAGCAGCCUUGGAUCACAUUGGGGAUCUAAAAGCGCCCGGACCGGAUGGGAUGCCAUCCAUAGUCUUCAAGCGACACUGGCAGUUCAUGGGCGAUCGGGUAGUCGAAGAAGUCCUUGCGGUCCUGAAUGGGGGAGAUAUCCCAGAAGGGUGGAAUGAUACGUGUGUUGUCCUAAUUCCCAAGGUUAAAAAUCCUAACAGGAUUAAGGAUCUUCGACCCAUCAGUUUAUGCAACGUCUUAUACAAGCUUGUGUCCAAGGUGAUGGCAAAUCGACUAAAGGUGGUGUUGCCCGGGAUUAUUUCAGAAAACCAAAGUGCUUUUGUGCCGGGCCGGCUUAUCACAGACAAUGUUCUUAUCGCCUAUGAACUAUCUCAUUACCUGCUAAAUAAGCGACAUGGAAAGGAGGGGGUGGCAGCGGUAAAGGCAGACAUGAGUAAGGCCUAUGAUAGGGUCGAAUGGGAUUUUCUUGAGGCGAUGCUACGGAAACUUGGGUUCAGGAGGCGGUGGGUGGACCUGAUAAUGAAAUGUGUUUCCACGGUGAGAUACCAAAUCAAGGUUAACAGGACUCUCACGACUCAGUUUUGCCCAUCAAGAGGAUUACGGCAAGGUGAUCCUUUGUCACCCUACCUGUUUGUCAUUUGUGCGGAAGGUUUGUCGGCUUCACUGCAUGAUGCCGCGGAGAAAGGUUCUAUCAGUGGAGUCAAAAUCUGUCCAGGGGCGCCAAGCAUUUCACAUCCGUUCUUCGCCAACGAUUCGGUUCUACUCAUAAAGGCUAACCAGCAGGAGGCUGCAGCUUUGCAUGAAGCACUGAAAUUAUACGAGGAAAGCUCAGGGCAAUGUAUUAAUGUAGAGAAAUCAGCAGUGAUGUUUAGUCCAAACACAAGUCAGUUGGCUAAAGAUGCAGUUAAACAAGCUAUUGAGAUCCAUAGUGAGAAUUGGAAUGAUAGGUACCUUGGGCUGCCGGUCCAUGUGGGGCGCUCUAGGAGGAAGGCCUUUGCUUAUAUCAAAGGAAAUAUUUGUGGACGUGUCUAUGGUUGGCAGGAGAGGUUGCUAGCGAAGGAAAGUAAAGAAGCUCUAGUCAAAACUGUAGCUCAAGCGAUUCCCACGCAUGCCAUGUCAUGUUUUGACCUCACAAAAACAUUCUGUAGUGAGGGAUAUAUCUGGAGGAUCGGGGAUGGAUCACAGGUGAAGAUCUGGACCGACCCUUGGAUUCCACGUGCGUGGUCCAGGAAGGUCAUCACGCCCCGCGGAGCUAGUUUGUUAACUAAUGUCCAGGAUCUUAUCUGCCCCAUCUCCGGGAACUGGGACGAACGGCUGGUGAAGGAGACUUUCUGGCCGGACGACGCGUGGCAUAUCCUGCAAAUUCCGCUGCAGGAGGGAGUAGAUGACUUUACGGCUUGGCACUUUGAUCCAAAAGGUGUGCACUCGGUGAAAAAUGCCUAUAAACUGCAUACCCAGCUGCUGAAACAAGCUCGUAAUGGAGCACCGGGAUGCAGCUCCACGGCUGCAGGCCAGCUUGACAAGUCGGAGGGGGAUGCCUGGAAAAGAAUCUGGAAACUACCCUGCCCCAGGAAGCUACAAAUGUUUGUUUGGAGGAUGAAACACGAAGCCUUAGCGCUCUGCAAUAAUUUGGAGUGGAGGGGAGUGAAACUGGAGCAGUCAAAGUGCCUCUUCUGUGGACUUGGACUUUCUGAGGAGGAUGGAGGGCAUCUAUUCAUUAAGUGCAAGGCCAUCAAAGAAGUAUGGCGUAUGCUAACACUUGAAAAGGAAAGAACCGAGCUGGAACGCAUAGGGGAUGUGCAUGCGAUGCUUGACUUCUUGUGGGGGGUAGCUGAGGAAAAGAGGGUGACCAUAUUCACGAUGUGGUGGCACUGGUGGAAUAACCGGAACAAGGUCAGAGAAGGUGAACUCCCAGUUCCAGGGGCUGAGAUUGUCCAGCGGGUUAGAGUGAAUAUUGUUGAGUAUUUGGAAUUCUUUAACCUGAGGCAGACAAAGAAACAGGCGCAAAAAUGGACCCCUCCGAACGAUGGUAUGCUAAAGGUCAAUUUUGAUGGCUCUUAUACACCGGGAGAUAAUGUUGGGAGCUGGGGAGUGGUAGUGAGAGACGAGGACAGGCAAAUUAUCACGGCAAGAGCAGGGAGGCAGGAGCGUGUGGUGGAUGCAUUUAGGGCCGAAAUGUGUGCCAUGGCUGCAGCGAUCGCCACAUGCACUGAGUUGGGGGCCAUCAGAGUGGCGUUUGAAACCGAUUCGCAGCUGCUAGCGGACGCCCUUGACCUACGGAAAGUAGAUUCUUCCCCUUAUGCGGUGGCCAUUGAAGAUAUCAAAUUCCAACUCAAAAUGUGGUUCUCUAAGCAGGAGGUGUUGGUAUGCCGCCGUGAGGCUAAUUCUGUAGCGGAUGCUCUAGCUAAAGUUGGACGGCUAUGCCCAUCAAAUAAUUCUUGUAUGUGUUGGGACUCGAAUGUACCGCCCCAAGUGGCUGUUUGUGCUUCAGGUGAUAUGCCUGAGCACCGUUGA